AUGGAUAAUCCCAUAAUUUUUGAUACUCAUUGUCACUUGGCGGACGAAAAAUACCAAAAUUUAGACCUCAAAGAAAUAAUCAGGGGGGGUGAAAAAGCGGGGGUGAAAUUUAUUCUUAAUGUUGGUUAUGACGGGGCUUCUAACCAAAAAGUAGUCGAGCAGUUAAAAAGGCAAUUAGAGUUAGCCCAAAAAUACGAUUUACCCGUGUUAUUACACAUCCGCGAGGCUUUUGCUGAUGCUUACGAAAUA